UAAAGAAGUAACUGAAUUAUACCUAUUUUAAAUUAAAUCAAGAUAAUGUGGUUUGUUUGGGACAGGGUCAUGUGAACUCAUCACUAUUGAAUUAACUCCAGUUGAAUCAAUGAAAACACAUUUUUUCAACAAAUACUGGAGAAUAUAACAUGGAGAAUAUAAUUUUACUAUUUCACACCCGACCGAUUGUUCCAAGAGUACAAAUCGCUUUCUUCUCAUAAAAAUAGUAUUCCUACCCAUUAUAAUGAUAUAGGACUAGACGCACUAAUUCAAAUCACAUACCAGAUCCACCUUCACAAGUGAUCCUACUAUGGAUACCCACUUUUUUGCUGGACUUACAAAAUUUAAACUAGAUGCAGGAAAGUUACGUCGUGAUGAUGAUUUUUCAGACAGGUUUAGUCAUACGUUUACUUCUUUAUUAUUGAUUAUUUUUACACUUAUCAUAUCGGCUCGUCAGUAUAUUGGUAAACCAAUCGCCUGUUGGGUGCCAACGGAAUUUACGCGCGCUCAAGAAGAAUAUGCUGAAUCAGUAUGUUGGGUAACAAGCACAUAUUUUAUACCUACUCAGGAUAUUAAUAUUCCCGAAAAUAUAUCAGAACGUGAAAAUAGAAAAAUUCAUUAUUAUCAAUGGGUUCCAUUUAUUCUAAUGAUACAAGCAUUUUUAUUUAAUUUGCCAUGUUUAAUAUGGAGAUUAUUUAAUUGGCAGUCUGGGAUUCAUUUAUCUAGUAUAAUGGAAGUAGCUUGUGAAAUUGAAAUGAUUAAAGAUCCCGAAACAAGAAAAUCAAAUAUCACAUAUGUGGCAAGACACAUUGAGGAUGCCUUGAGUUCACAACGUGAAUAUCGAUCCGGUUGUGGUGUGCGCUUUAAACAUUGUUUAGCCAAAAGUUGCUGCUUAUGGUUCGGUAAACGUUACGGAAAUUAUUUAAUAUGCUUAUAUCUAAUUACAAAAUCACUGUACAUAUUCAAUGUGGUUGGGCAGUUUUUUUUAAUGAACAAAAUUUUGGGCACGAAUUACACAUUUUAUGGUUUGGAUUUACUCCGUGAUAUAAGUGAGGGUUAUGUGUGGCAGGAAUCAGGCAAUUUUCCACGUAUUACGCUUUGUGAUUUUGAAGUACGCAAGGUGGCCAAUAAACAUAGGCAUACUGUACAGUGUGUACUACCCAUCAACAUGUUUAACGAGAAAAUCUUUAUAUUUCUAUGGUUCUGGUUUAUAUUGGUAGCGGCUGUGAAUACAAGUAGUUUUCUAUAUUGGUCAUACAAAUCAAGCUUUCGUGGAACAAGAAUUCAGUUCAUUAGAAAAUUUUUAAAAUUACGUGGAGCGCUAGAACCAGGUGAUAAGAAAAGAACAUUAACAUUUGUUGAUUCAUAUUUAAGACAAGACGGUGUGUUUAUUUUGAGACUGACAGCACAAAAUGCUGGUGAACUAGUUGCCUCUGAAAUAAUUGAAAAAUUAUGGAAUAUGUACAGAGCGCAUCAAAAUAUAAGCACAACUUCAACAUCUCAGCCACUUUCUUACACUUUGCCGCAACAACCUCAGCUGCCACAACAUCAACCGUCACACCGAUCAUCACAUCACCACCAUCAUCACCGUUCCAGUACAGCCUCAAGCACUAAUAGACGUGCAAGCCGAUCGCUUACUCCAGUAAGUCCUUCAGAUUCAUCAGAAAUAAGAAGAAAACCACCUCCGAGCUAUCCGGCUUACCAUUUACGACCACCACCAGCUAGUCCGGCAGGAAAUCAACUUCCUCCUCCUCUUCCUCCAUCCCUAAGGCCAUCAGCACCACCACCUCUUCCUCCAAUACUAGGAAAAACAACUAGUAGUAGCUUAGAUGGUACAAGUAGCUCUAUAACAAGUCAUAGUCAGCCAUCCACAGUAACUGAAAACACUGAUCAGUUUGUAAGAAUGAGAUCCGUUAUUUCAGGUAGUAUAGGGUUUGAAACAUUAAGACCAACUGAAAGUCAGUCAACAGAUUUAUGUACUAACACCGAUAUAAAGAAGAGACUACCCACUACUGGGAAUAGCUCUUUCCCGGGUGUAGUUAGUGUUAGAUCUAUUAACUCCACACAACAACAUCAGGCAAAUAAUCAAAGUUCACAGAUCCGUAGUCAAUCAGAAGAAGAUCCUGGAGAAUUUGUCUAAUAAUACAUUAUUUUUCCAUUCAUUGCUGGUAUAACAAAAGACAGUAAAUAUUCCUUCCUAAGAAUCUUUUAAACUGUGAUUUAUAAAUACUUCUCACUGCUUCUAUUCUUUUUGUACAUUCAAUACCUUCCAGCUGCCUGUAUCAACCAGCAUUUACCAUCAAUAAAAUUACUUAAAAAUUGAUUUUCUUAAAGACAUUAACUCCACUCUGAACAUUUCAACUUUCUUGCUGUUAAAAGCCCCACUGCGAUCUAUUUUCAAAGUCUAUUCAUCUUUAUUCAAACAUUUAUCUUUACAAUGCUUAGAUUAUUUUCGGAGUAACAAUUAUAUAAAUGGAUUUAGAGUACAUCUUUUCAAAUUGAGACAAUAGACUGAAAUGUGCUUAAAUUGUGAAUAGAACAUUUAAAUUAAUAAAAAUAUGCACCAUUUGUACAUGUAUGUCCUUGUAUAUAUCAAUGAAUAUAUAUAUAUAUAUAUAUAUAUAUA